UCCGCGCUCGCGAUGUGCGACGCGAGAACUCGUAAACCAGCACCUGCCAUACAAAAGAAGCUCGCCAUCUAUGAAAACGCGCUGGCAGUGGGCACGGUAAACGAGUGCGGCGUGGGCGCUGGUCCCACGCUGGUCCCCGAGUUCGGGCUGACAGCCGUGGCGAUGGUACAAGAGGGCGAGGGCGCGGGCGACGGUCUCAUCGCCCCGCGCCGCUUGGCCAACCCCUGUAUCGAGAACCCGCUGCGCAUGGACCUGCAUAGAGAACUUAUGUUCAAUCAAAAAGUAGGCAAAAAUGUUCUCAAUCAAAAGAGCGAGCUUCAAAAGGCUCUUUCAAAGCACAAAGAGAAGCAGCUCAUCAACCAAAUAAAGGAGCACAGAGAAACGCCAGAACUAGAAAGGGCGAUCGCAGAGCGGGCUAGGCGGCUCGAGCAGGCGGAACAAAAUACGGAAGAAAUCGAAUCCGGCACAAACCCUACCCUACAAGAAGUGCGAGCGCGCUUACGACACGCGGCGCCGACAUCUCCCGCAGCCUCCGCUCACUAAAAUCAUACAGUUUUUUUUUUUUUUUUUUUUAAUAUUUAGUCUGUCUUGACAUGAAUCGUAGCGUAAGAUCACAUAAGCGACACGUCGUUCCAAUUUAAAGUUGAUAUACUUACCGUCAUUGAUGUUAUAGGUAAAGAGGUGGAUAGGUAAGUUGUAUUCUAAAGUGUGCUAAAGAGAUCUAUAGAGUGUAGUUGGCUUUGCUCAGACUUAAGAAACAGUUAAAACGAAACAAAGUUUUGUGUCUGACAUAAACCCGUCUCGUUAAAACAAUAACUUUGACUGGGCGAAGUCAAAGUACUCUAAGCCCGAAUCUCUAUGGCAACAAAAUCUAACAUUAUAUGAAUGAAAUUAAAUUCUGACACCUUUAAGUUAGCCUGAUUGAACUGAAGUUCAACUAAACGGACCGGUCGGACCAACUCCGUGCUGGUCUAGAACGUAUGGAACUGACCUUAGUCUUGCUUGGCAAUUGACAAUGAUCGAUAAGUUUCGAAAAAAGCCCAUUAAUUAAUGCGCAUUAAGCUCACUGCAUGCGUACCUUUGCACGAUGAUUGAUGAAGUUACAAAAUUGAUUAUUAAUUAUUUUGAGGAGACCAGUUCCUGGUCAUUUAAUAGGCUAAAAAUUAUUAACAUUUCGUUUUAUUUGCCUAAAUCAUUGCUCGACGUCAAUGUAGCUUACAGUU